AGUCCUUUCAUAAACACUCUGAGAGGAGGUACUGCUUUGUGGCUCAGGGUGGCCUCAAACUUCAGAUACUCCUGCCUUAGCCUCCCUCCCCAAUGCUGACAGCCACCACAUAAGGCAGGUGGCUGAUGGAGGCUGGGAAAAUCAUCCAAGCCCAUAAGUAAUCGUGACUGUAGAUAGCCUGCCGUGUCCUUACAGAGGGGAAAAAAGAGCAGGUGCAAUGUGGAAACACCGACACAAAAUAGAGACCAAAUUGCAGGCCACCAGUGAUGGAUGUCCAGAAUCCACGCCGUAGAGAGUGUUCCGAUCAGUCAAACCACACCGAAGAGACAUUCCGACCUAUCAGAGCCCACGCCUUAGAGCCAGCGCUCUGACCUGUCAAUCAAACCACGCAGUAGAAAGAGCGUUCCGAACUGUCAAGCAGAAUUCCCGCAGUCCAGACAGCUCUGACCUGUCAAUCAAGAGGUCCUGCUUGGCUGGAAAGCGCCCUUGACAAUUAGGCUCACUCUAACUCGGGCGCCCCAGAGCCCAGGUCCCCGGGCGCCGCCCUUUCCGAAGGUGUCCUCCAAGACACGGGAGAGUAGGAAUAAAGCCAGGACACGGAGUUCCACGCUGGGACACUUGGACACUUUCCAAGGCCAAGAAGGUCCAAGUCGCCGCCACCUCUGGUGUGGAUGGGGCGGAACCGAGAGGUGCCACUCAUGGGCCCCAAGAAUUCUAAAUGGCUACUUGCCGGCGAGUGAUGUUUCGCGCAGCCAAUCGAAAGACAAGAGUUUCAAUCACGCACGAGGUAUCCGGAUUCUGAUUGGGGUACUAGCCCAGAAAAGGUGGGGCUUCGGUUGCAGUAAGCCAAUGAGAAACCUCACCUCUGAAUUUCUCUUUAGAACCGCUGGGGGUGGGGCUGGGCAAAGUCCGGGGCGUUAAAUCCAAACCUGGCCUGCAGUAGUGCGCGCUGAUUGGGUGGCGCGGAGCUGGGAGGAGCCAAUCAGAAGUCGCCGCUGGCGGGGCUGGGCGCGGCCCCUCCUACUCUACCUGAGUGCGCGGCGGCGGGUGGAUCGCUGCGCGGCGCCCCGCGGGUUCGGACUCGGACGUCGGAUCGUGGCGGGUAUAAUGUCAAGUGGAGAUGCGCACCCGUCCCCGGCCCUCGCCAAGCCCACGUUCACCGAGCCGCAGGCCUCUGCGCUGGUAGAGUCUGUGUUUGGGUUCAAAGUGUCCAAGAUCCAGCCACUUCCCAGCUAUGAUGACCAGAACUUCCACGUUCACAUUUCACACCCCAAAGAUGGUGCGGACAGCCCCCUUGAGUAUGUCCUCAAAAUAAGCAACACGGAAUGCAGCAAGAACGCCGAGCUGAUUGAAAUGCAGAAUGAGAUCAUCACGUUCCUCAAAGCAGCUGGCUUCCCCACUGCCUCCGUGUGCCGCACAAAAGGGGACAGCACCACGUCCCUCAUGUCCAUUGACAGUGGAUCUGGAAUCAAAAACCACUUGGUGAGGCUGAUGACGUAUCUCCCGGGCAGACCCAUUGCCGAGGUUCCUGUUGGCCCCCCGUUGUUGUAUGAAAUUGGAAGACUAGCUGCCAAGUUGGAUAAAACGCUGGAGACAUUUCAUCACCCCAAACUGAGUCUCCUCCACCGGGAGAAUUUCAUCUGGAAUCUGAAGAAUAUUCCUCUUCUGGAGAAAUUUGUGGAUGCCCUGGGCCACAACCGAAACCGGGAGAUUGUCGAGCAAGUCAUCCAGCUGUUCAAGCAGGAAAUCCUCCCCAGAUUAAGUCAUUUUCGAGAGUGUCUUAAUCAUGGCGACCUAAAUGAUCACAACAUUCUAGUGGAGCCCAGCAGAGUGCCCUUCGGCGAUACCCCGUACCAAGUCUCGGGCGUCUUGGAUUUUGGUGACAUGAGCUUCGGGUACUACGUGUUCGAAGCAGCCAUCACCAUCACGUACAUGAUGAUCGAGAGCCAGAACCCCCUGCACGUGGGAGGCCAUGUGCUCGCUGGGUUUGAGAGUGUCAUCCCCCUGACGGCCGUGGAGCGGGGUGCUUUGUUCCUCCUUGUCUGCAGCCGCUUCAGCCAGUCCCUCGUUAUGGCUGCCCACUCCUGCCAGCUGCACCCAGAGAAUGAAGAAUACCUCAUGAUCACGGCCAAAACAGGGUGGAAGCACUUGCAACUGAUGUUUGAUAUAGGCCAGCAAGCUGUAGAAGAGAUCUGGUUUCAGACCGCCAAGUCUUAUGAAUCUGGGCUCCCCGCCCCAGGACUGGAUCAAAGUUCACAUUAAGUAGGAUGGUUAAACAAACACAACAACAAAACACUCAGUGGGUGCUGGGCUCCAGGGCUCACUCCUGUAAUCCCAGCUACUAUCCCAGUUACUCUGGAGGCUGAGAUAGGAGGAUCUUGGUUGGAAGGCAGCCUAAGCAGACAUAUCCAAAGAGACUUUUAUCCCCAACUAACCAGCAAAAAGCUGGACAUAGAGUGCCAACCUUGAGUGAAAAAGCUAAGGGACAGUACCCAGGCCUUGAGUUCCAAUACCAGCACACACACACACAUACACAAACCUCAAUAGGACCGAGUCAAAAUUUGUGAAGGAUUUUUUUCCCCUGCAUCGAUAGGGAAGAUUCAUUGUGAAUAUUCAUGGAGCAUAUAAAACCUCUAAGAUCUUCAAGUCAUCUCUCAUGA